UACUCGUCACUCUUCAAUAAAUUUCCCUCCUCGUUCCCUAUCAUUUCUUCGCCAUGCAAGCCCCCCUUCUCUCUCUCAGCCAUUCUUUCAUCUGCUCAACUGAUUAUUAAAGUAUUGAUUUUGAGAUUGAUUGAUUGAUUUACUGAGUAUUACUACAAGAUUUUUGUUCAACUCGGCAGUGGGGUGACUCAGUGCAUGAUUUGAAGAUGACGCGGCGGUGCUCGCAUUGCAGCAACAACGGACACAACUCACGGACUUGUCCCACGCGCUGUGUGGGAGGAGGAGGAGGCGGCGGCGCGUCGUUGAGCUGCGGCGGUGUGAAGCUGUUCGGCGUGAGGUUGACAGACGGGUCGAUCAUAAAGAAGAGCGCGAGUAUGGGGAACUUAUCUGCGUCGCAUUACCACGGCUCGUUGUGCACUACUGCUUCACCGAAUCCGGGCUCGCCGUUAUCGGAUCACGCACAUGUAAAGGAUGGUUACUUGUCCGAUGACCUGACCCACGCGUCUUGUUCCGCCAAUCGACGUGGAGUGAGAAAGAAAGGUUCUCCAUGGACAGAAGAGGAACAUCGUAUGUUCUUAAUUGGCCUUCAAAAAUUAGGGAAGGGAGACUGGCGUGGUAUAUCACGAAAAUUUGUUGUGUCAAGGACUCCAACCCAGGUAGCAAGUCAUGCACAGAAGUAUUUCAUCCGGCUGACUAAUGCCACACGAAGAAAGAGGCGCAGCAGCCUUUUUGACAUGGUUGCUGAUGAUGUGGCCACUGAAACCCCACCGGUGCCAGAAGAGCAAGUGUUACUUCCAUCUCCUCUGGCAAGAGAAGCUGAUAGACCCACUCUAAAUCUUUCCCUCGUCACAGAAAUUGAACCCAUGGAAACUAAAGAGAUAGUAGAAGAACCUGAAGAAACUGUAAUUGGAUCUGAUGGGGUUGGUUCAACGGUUCCUAGUUUCUUACCGGCAUAUAUACCAGCCCCUUACCUGUUCUGGCCACCAAAUGCAGCCUUCCUGGAAGAAGAUAAGGAAGCAGAUAGAAUGCAUCCUCACGAGAUUCUAAAGCCGAUUCCAAUGCUUCCAAAAGAACCUGUCAAUGUAGACGAACUAGUUGGCAUGUGUCAGCUCAGUAUAGGAGAGACGGGAAGAGGCUUGAGAGAGCCAUCGCCACUGUCCUUAAAACUGCUGGGAGAGCCAUCAAGGCAGUCUGCUUUUCACGUGAACGCCCCGGUUCGGAUUUAAGCAAGGGAAGGACUAGUCCUAUACAAGCAGUUUGAAUUGGUGGGAAUGAUAACCCUUCUGGGUAAUCCUCUUAUUUGUACAAUUAUAUGUUCCCCAAGACACAUCUUUAUUUUACUUGGAUAGUUAUGAAAGUUUUGCUGCUCAAUUUAUAGGUUAAAACAUUUUACUUGGUUUGGAUAUUAUUAGAAUUCUUUCAAUUUAAAAUAAUUGAAUUGGUUGGGCAAGAAAUGAAUGAAAUGCUCCUUGUUAGGUUUUCUUUUGAGGAGUGUUGCAGAA